AUGGCUUUAGCAAUUUCUCGCGAGGAUACGCAGGUUUUACUGCACGGGAAAAAUGUUCUUCAAGAAUCAACGCUUGACAAGUAUAGAAGCGCCGGUCAAAUCACACAAUCUGGGUUGAAAUUUGUUACGAAACUGAUCAACGACUCAUACCACACUGGCAAUGCACGCCGUUUGGCAAUUCACGAAAUCUGUUUGCUUGCGGACAGCUUUUUGGUGGCAUGCUUAGAAUCGAGCUUCAAGACUAAAGUCGCCGAGCGCGGAAUUUCGCAUCCCACUACGAUAGAUGUGGACGAAGUUGCUUCUGGCUGGUGUCCGGAGCUUGACGAUGUGGAACAACUCCGCUCUGCUAACAAGCAGAUUGAGGAAUCCGGAUCUGUUUCUGGAUGCCGCAGAUGUGUGGAUGGUUACUUGGCUCCUGGUGAUGUUGUAAAAAUCUCUCUGGGUGUUCACAUCGAUGGUUACACUGCUCAGGUUUCGCACUCUAUGGUUAUCUUCCCAACGGAUGAAGGUGAAGACGGGAAAAAGAAACCAACAGGGCCUUUGUUGGGGGCCAAAGCUGAUGCUUACGCUGCCGUGCACAUUGCAAUGGAGACUGUUAUUUCGCUUUUGGCUUGUGCUUUGACUCCGGAAAAGAUGCCUCGUUCUCUUUCAAGCGGUGGUCAGGUCACCGGCCAUCUGAUUCGUACCGUUGUUGAUAGCAUCGCAGCUUCCUACCACUGUGUUGUUAUUCCUGGUUCUAAAGUUCGUCGUGUGAGAAGGUUCUUAGCUGGUCAAAACGAAGGUAUUGUUGCCGAAAGAGAAUACAAAGGUGUUGCUUGGUACGAGUCUCACCAAGAGUUGGCCUUGCUUCAGAAGUCUGCUGAGUCCACUAAGGAUUUGGUCGCCGUGAAAUCUUCUAACCGCCACAACUCGUCUGCUGUGCCUACUGAUGACUUUACCGUCACCCCAGGUGAAGUGUAUGUGGUCGAUCUGCAAAUGGUUCCUUUAGAUGGUAUUGCACCAGGUCUAGUAACCUUGGAAAACGCCGACAAUUUUUCCGGUAAAUCUCACAAAGCCGACCAGUUGGUUGCCAGACCAGGCGCCUACGUGAGAGAUUUCGCUCAUUCCCAUACCCUCAAACUCAGAGCCUCCAGGCAACUACUCAGCAAGAUAGAUAAACAGGGUGUUUACCCCAUUAAGCUUUCUCAUUUGAGCGACACUUUCCCCAUUGAUGUUACUGCGGCUGAAACCUCUCAGAUUGAAGCAAUCUCUAAAGAUCUCAAACUAUAUCGUCUCGGUAUGAGUGAAAUUUUAAACAACUUUUUGGCCAUUCCAAACCCUAUCCGGAUUGCUAAGUGUAUUCCAUGGGAGAAGAUCAUGAGCACUGCAAACCCAGCUGGGUCUCAUGGAAUGGACGCCAUUGAACGUACUCUUCCAGGCCAAGAGCUACCUUUACCUCGUCUGGGAGUUUCCUCGCUCAAACUAAGAUCUCUAUUGAAAUAUGCCGUAUCUGUCCCUGUUGUUCGUCAAAGUUCGACUGUGGUGCUAUGUACUGGUGAUGUCGUGUCUUCUGGCAAGUCCGAGCUUCUCAGACUUUCUGGCGGUAAUAAGACCUGCCCACCUAGUUGGAUACAUUCCAAUUACCAGCUGAAUAAAGAGGAGGACAUUGUCCAAGGUAUAUUCCAGCUAGCCGAACUAUCGAAGGAUAAGAGAUUUGGUCUUUCGGUCAGAGAAACUCAACCUUUGAAGAAAGAAACUGUUUCUACUGGGUUUACCUCAAACACAACCACGCAAGACGUCGAAAUGGCUUAA